UAAAUCCAUUGGUGGUACUUCAGUUUACUGAAAUCAUUCACAUUUGGUCACUCUUCGUUCAACUCCGUAAACUUUUACUUAAGUGGCGGUCAACUCUAAAAAUUGACUAUUAAAUGUAUGAUGUGGCAAUUUAAAAUUAAUAAAAUUUAAAAAUUUAAAAUUGCCAUGCCAUCUCAUUUUCCACCCUAUUAUUACUUUUAUUUAAAAUAAAUAAAAAAACCUAAUUACUUCUAAUCCCCAAUACCAGCAGCCAGAACCCGACCGCCCGUCUCGUUGGAAGAGCUUCCUGAUCAACGUAAGGCCAAACCAUUUGGCUUCCAUGAAGAGGGUUCCCCUCCACGGCGGCAACCGCAUAUCCGCCGCUUCCAUCGACCGCCUCACCGCCCCGUACAUAACCCGUAGGGUUAAUUGCAUGGUUAGUCACUGAGAUUACAAAAAGCGUUCAUGUUUGGUCACUCAAAAUAUUUAAAUCCAUUUGUGGUCCCUAACUUUACAAAAACCGUUCAUUUAUGGUCACUCUCUGUUAGCUGCCAUUAACAGCGUCCGUUAAGUGAUGACGUGGCUGACAGAUUCGCCUAAUCAGCACUUUUUAACCCGAAAAUUGACUGACCUGACCGGCCCCGUCAUUAAACCCGCCAUGUCAGCUAAACCUAACCAAACCAGACCCACUAAUUAAAAUAGAACUGACCCGACCCACCAACUAAUCUACCCAAGGCGGCGCGGGAUGGAGGCAGAUUGAUUUAUCUUCGGUUAGGGUUGGAAUCAGGCAAACGAAUUCGGCGGCGGCGACCCUCUUGCCACCGCCACUCCUCCGAUGCUACACAAUCAGCAGAAUGGAAGCUUCAACGCUACAACAACAAUGGCAGCGGCUGCAACUCCUCCUCAAAGCCUUUUUCUUUCCCCUACCAAUAACAGUACAUUCCAAAAUUACUCCACCUCCCUUCUGAUUCAACCUGAGAACCCGAUCAAAUUCGAUCAUCCAACGCCACAGCCAACGAUCUCCAACGCGUCCAGCACCUGCUCUACGUCCUCCACGAGCUCUCCUCCCUCACCGGAAGCGCCAACCACCGCCUCGCCGCCUACGGCCUCCGAUCCCUCACCCACCACUUAUCCAUUGCUUCUCCCCCGCCGCUGGUGACGGCGUCCGGGUCCAACACGUUCGCCACGACGGAGCCGAAAUUCUUCUAGAAAUCGCUGCUGAAAUUCUGCGAGGUCAGCCCCUGGUUCUCUUUCCCGAACAAGAUCGCGAACGCGUCGAUUCUCCAAAUUCUAGGUCAAGAAACCGAUCCAUUGCGAAACCUUCACAUCCUCGACAUCGGAGUUUACCACGGUGUUCAGUGGCCGACCCUGCUCGAAGCUCUCACCUGCCGCACCGGCGGGCCGCCGCCGCUGGUGAGAAUCACUUUAUUGACCGCCGCCGCCAUGGAUACCAACCAGAUCGAAGAAACCCCGUUCUCAAUCGGACCUCCGGGGGACAAUUUCGCCACCAGGUUGCUUUGUUUUGCCAAAUCGAUGAACAUAAACCUGCAGAUCAACCGCCUCGACAACUAGCCAUUGCAAACCCUAAAUCCCCAAAUCAUCGACACGAAUCACGAAGAAACCCUAAUCGUCUGCGCCCAAUUUCGCCUCCACAGGCUGAGCCACAACAAUCCCGACGAGAGAACAGAGUUCCUGAAGACCCUGAGGCGAUUGGAGCCCAAGGGAGUGGUUCUGAGCAAGAACAACAUGGAUUGCAGCUGCAACGGGUGCAUGGAUUUCCCGACGGGGUUUUCACGAAGGGUGGAGUACAUGUGGCGGUUUCUGGACUCGAUGAGCUCGGCGUUCAAAGGGAGGGAGAACGAGGAGAGGAGGAUGAUGGAAGGGGAAGCGGCGAGGGCGCUUGUGAGAGGUAGAGAUGGGGAGAUGAAGAACGAGAGGAAGGAGAAAUGGUGCGAGAGGAUGAGAGGGGUUAGUCAAAGGUGGGUAGAUUAGUUGGUGGGUCAGGUCAGGUCAGGUCUGGUUUGAUUAGAGGUUUGGUAGGUUUAGCUGACAUGGCGGGUUUAAAUGACGUGGCGGGUCGGGUCAGUCAAUUUUCGGGUUAAAAAGUGCUGAUUAGGCAAAUCCGUCAGCCACGUCAUCACUUAACGGACGCCGUUAACGGCGUUGGACGACAGCUAACGGAGAGUGACCAUAAAUGAACGAUUUUUGUAAAA